AUGAGCGCGUCCUAUCUUAGCACAAGCUGUCGGCGCAGCGUGCUAACCUCCAGGUCAAGCAAUGUGUACAGAAGAUUGUACACUCGUCCCUCAUUCGCGCCGAAACCCGUGCUCGACCUGAAGCACAUUCGCAAUGCACCAGGACUGUACGAGCAGAACAGCAUCGAUCGGAACUAUGCGCCUGUCGCGGGGAAUGGAUGGCGAAUACUGGAGCUCCACGAGAAGCUUGUGGCAGCGCAAAGAGAGGUGGUGAAGCUUCGUCAGAGGAGCAAUGAUAUUGGAAAGGAGAUGGGCCGACAUGCAGCGAAAGGCAGUGCAGAGGUCGCCGGAGCUGAGAGCAAAAGUGCGUUGCUAGAAGAGGCGAAAAGCUUGAAGGCUCGGCUGGCGAAAUACGAUGUAGAGGAUAAGGAGAUGCAAGAAGAGAUGGAGCGUUUGGCAUUGGAGCUUCCGAACUUGAGCUCGUUGCAUACACCUGUGGGAGAAGAGCCGUCAGUGGUCGAUGUCAUCAACGAGCGUCCCGAAGGUCUAACGACCAAAAGCCAUGUAGACAUUGGUAAGGAGCUGGACAUUCUCGACUUCGAAGCCAGCUCUAUCACAAGUGGUUGGGGGUGGUACUUUCUCAAGCAUGAAGGCUCUCUGCUCGAACAAGCAUUGAUUCAGUACGCUCUAUCGGUCGCCAUGAAACGAGGCUGGAACGUCAUGACGCCUCCAUCAUUGGUAUACUCUCAUAUCGCCAGCGCCUGUGGGUUCAUGCCUAGGGACCAGAACGGCGAAACGCAAAUCUACAACAUAGCGCAGCACGAACAUGAGAAGAGUGGAGAAAAGCCAUCACUGGUCCUGACAGGAACGGCCGAGAUCCCUUUCGCUGGAACGCAGGUCAAUAAGACGCUCGAUAGCAGAGACCUGCCUUUGAAAGUCAUUGGACCGUCUAGGUGCUACCGCGCAGAGGCCGGCGCCAGAGGAGUCGACACGAAAGGCCUCUACCGCGUGCACGAAUUCACCAAAGUCGAAAUGUUUGCAUGGUCAGCACCGAGCACAGACCCGGAAGGAGAUCGCUUCGGCGGUUCAGCAUCAAGCGGGUCUCAAACAGACAAAGUGUUCGAAGAGAUGAUAGACAUACAGCGAGAGAUCCUGACCUCUCUCGGUCUGCACGCGAAAGUCCUCGAAAUGCCCACCGCCGACCUCGGAGCGAGUGCCACAAGAAAAAUUGAUAUCGAGGCAUUCUUUCCCUCCCGUGGGGCCAUCAACUCUGGCUACGGCGAGGUGACAUCCGCGUCAAUCUGCACAGACUACCAAGCACGCCGCCUGGGUACUCGUCUCAAACAAGCAGGCGCCGGAAAACUUGGAUGGCCACACACCCUCAAUGGCACCGCUAUGGCCAUUCCUCGAGUCCUGGCGUGCAUACUGGAGAACCACUGGGACGACGCAACGAAUGUCCUGCGGGUGCCCGAGGUGCUCAGGCAAUACAUGCCUGGCAAUAUCGCUACCAUCGAACGCAAGUCAUCAGCGAAGCGGAAAUGA